AUGGCUUUGUUAACCGAUCCUGGGGCAGGAUCUGGAAAAAUAAUACAAUUUUUAUUGAAAUGGGAACGACCACUGUGUUUCUGUUUAUAUGUCAGCGGAAUUGUUUGGAUAUUACUUCUUGCUUUACCUAUUUUCAAUGAUAAUAAUUAUUUUUCUGAAAAUGCCUUAUUGCCAGGAUUAGUUACAAAAGAAAGUAACUUGGAACAAAUAGCAAAACAAUAUUAUGUGCAUUUACUUCAUGAAAUGAAGCGGUAUCCUGAUAAUAUGCCAUAUACUUGGUUACUUGCUACAUUAAAUCAGCUUCAUUUAGAUGUCUUUACACAUAAUUUCACAUUAAUAUAUCCCUUCCAAGAACAAGAGUUUACAGGUCAAAAUAUAUAUGGAAUUAUGAGAGCUCCAAGAGCAGCCAGUACAGAAGCAAUUGUAAUUAGUGUUCCUUUUAGACCAAUAAAUAGUAUUUACUUAGAUACUGCCCCUUCUGUUGCUCUUCUUCUUGCAUUUGCUAAAUUUUGUAGAAGACAGAAAUAUUGGGCAAAAGAUAUCGUAUUCCUAAUAACAGAACAUGAACAAUUAGGAAUACAAGCAUGGUUGGAUGCAUAUCAUGGAGUUACAAGUGGUACCGAAGGUAUACUUGUAUCUGGAGAUCUUUCUGGACGUGCUGGUUCUAUUCAAACUGCCAUUAAUUUGGAAUUACAUUCAAUGAAGGAAAAAAAUAUGUACAUAUAUCUAAUUUUAUCUCUUUACAAAUAUGUAGAAGGAUUAAAUGGACGAUUACCCAAUUUGGAUCUUUUUAAUUUAGCACAAAAUAUGAUAGCCAAAGAAGGAAUCAGGCAAUCAUUUCAAAGACGUUUUGAUGUUAAAUAUAAAAAUAAAUUUAAGAAUUGGUGGUAUCACUUUAAAACACUUCUUAUGAUGAUUACUACUCAGGCUAGUGGAAUUCCAACUGGAAAUCAUGGACUUUUCCAUAGAUUUGGUAUUGAGGCAAUUACUUUGGAAGGUUUCGAAAAAGCUGGACAGCAAAGUUCUGGUGGAAAUAUUUAUCAAGUUGGUCGUAUUGUAGAAAGCAUAGUACGGUCAUUAAAUAAUUUAUUAGAACGUUUUCAUCAGUCUUUUUUCUUUUAUCUGCUUCCAUCAACUGAUACUUACAUUUCCAUUGGACUUUAUAUAAGAUCUCUUGUCUUAAUUAUUGCUGGGAUAUUUGUAAAAGCAUUUUCUAUGUGGCAAAGACUUCAAGUAUCCACUGCUGUAGAAAAUAAGACAAGCACUGCUGAAGAAUAUAAGAAAAGCACUACUGUUAAACGACCAAAGAAUGAUGGAUUUGAUAUUGGAGUUAUUACUUCAGAAAUAUUAUGGGCUCAUAUUUGUGGAAUUGUAAUUGCAACAUCUCCAUUUGCACUUACUUAUUUUGGUAGAAAGACAAAUUUUCGUACAGAAGACUCUAUCUAUUUUGGUUUUAUGGCAAUAACUGUUUUAACGUUAAUGUGGCCACUUUAUUCUAGAAGGCAAAUGAAAUAUAAAAAUGCAGCUCUAGUUUGUGUAAUUGUGUUAAUAGAACUAGGUACUAUAUUAAUGUGUAUAGCAAUGCAUAAUUUUUCACUGGCACUUCUUAUUGCUGUGGUUUAUGUACCUGCUAUUCUGGCAAUUACACCACAACAACGUUCUACUAAAUUUCGCAAAAUAAUAUCCUCCUUGUGGAUUCUACUGCAUCCAUUUAUGAUCUCAAGUAUAAUUGUAAUUUGUUACACAUAUGUACAUUUUUCUACAGAUCCCUUCCUUUUAAUUUUAUUUCGUGGAUAUCGAGCAGCAAAGCAAGCAUUUGUAUUCAGUAUUAUAGAUUCAGUGAUUUAUGGGAAUUGGUUGUAUAAUGUAAUAGUUUCCACAAUGCUUCCUAUUUGGCUUUUAUUUUGGAAUAUUUUAUGUUCUAAGAGUAGUGUACAUUCUUAA